AUUUUUACAACAUUUAGAAGCUUCUAAUGUUCUGUUUACUAAAUUAAUAAGAUCUUCUAAACCUGAAUUUCAUACAAAAAUUGCUGGCUUAUUAAAAGAAGGUCCUGCUCUGAAAGAAGUUAUUACUCUCAUGUUACAAAAUCCAGACAAAGAAAAAGAAAUCUUGACUAAAUUUAAAGUCAAGGCUAUGAAAAACGAUAAAGUCAAAACAUUUGACUUUGAAAAUGAAUCUGAUAGUAAUGACGGAUAUAGAUAG